AUGAUGCUACCCGGAGCAGCAUCUCAUCUCCUCGCAAUGUUUAUCUUGGCUUUACUUACUACGAUUGCUUCGGGUUAUAGUGACAAGGCAUGCUGCAAUAGAGCCCGCCAGGAAAAUGCCUUUGUCUCCCCCAAUAAUGGCAGCGCCACUCCCAUGGAUAAUAUUGUCUGCGGACAGAUCUACAACGAGUCUUCCCCGGCCGCACCUGACGCUUACGUCACUUACAAUUUCUGCAAGAGCGAAUGCAGCGGCUGGGGUGUCUCCAGAGUCGAAAACGCAGACCAGUGGGCUGGGCCAAUUGUCCAGUUUAUCCUUCCAUCAGUCAUCUUCAGCAUGAACAUCCCUAGGACAUUCGAAUUCCUUUCACUGCAGUGGCUAGACAUGUUAGUCUUGACCAAUCUACGUGGUUGGAAACGAGCUAUUAUGUCGCUGGUAUUGACGCUUCCGGCACUCUUGUUUGUUUUUGUGGACACCGUUAUAUGGGUUAUGACUAUCAUGUGCAUGGCAGGCCCGAUGAUGGUUGCCGGCUUGCAUGAAGCACUGCUAGACUUCAAGAUAUUGAAGGCGUUGAAGAGGAGGACAUAUAUUCCGGAGAGAUUCGUCAAUGGGCUGAGGGUGUCUGAGAGAAUACCUCUUGACCCCAUGGGCCAUAGCGCUGCUGGGAAUAAUGCGGCUGGUAUAAUUGACCCCAAUAAGGAUCACGAAGGACUAGAUGGCUUGAGGGAUAAGGUGGAACUCCUGGUGACCGUUCUUGCUGGUAACCUUGUACUCAAGACCUACAGGCCCUGGCCUAACAACCUUGUGUUGAUUUCUAACGCGCUACUGGGUACGGGGAGACGUCGGUUCAACGCUAUGAGACUGCAUCCUGUCCAGACGCCUUCAGUCUUACCCGUACCAGACAUGCUGCCGAACAGCGAGGCAAAGCAGAAUUAUCCCAGCUUGUCCGAACAGCUCAAGAGGCUCAUGACGGCGCAGUCUGCCUUCGGGGCCAUCGUCGGGGCAGCGGUUGUUUUCUACCUCGGCGCUUUUAUCUACACCAUCCUGGACCUACUCGGCGACAAGAGCAACCAAGAUGCCGCCAUCUCCCUAGCCUUUGGUGUCGAAUGGAUGAUUAUCGUACACGUUGCAAUCGUCAACGGGUUCCUUCUUGCAAGCAACAACCCUAGUCCAGUUACCAUGCUCAUUGGGCGGCCGCUCUCGACUCGCAAGCCACUAAGAAGAAUGAUAUUCCCUCCCAUCUAUGACGGUAUACUUCAGCCAGUGUUUAUGUGGCGCCGGGGGGUUAAUAAAAUGGAGUGGCUCGAGAAGUCGAGAGCUUGGCGGCGUGGCUCUCAGGAAUUCAUGAAUGACGUCCGAAUCAAGAAGCGAGAUUAUCUAGGUUGGAUCAUACUGCCCACCAUCAUUCUUGUUUCCCUACCGCCGGCGGCUGGGGCCGUGGUGGCGUGGCAAACUCCCCCAAGGGGCUGGGGCUGCCGGUCACUCAGCCUUGUCACUUAUGCAGGCUUCCAGAUGGUGCUUACACCGUUGUACUUCAUAAUCACUCGCAAGACGAAACGGAAGACAAUGAUGCACCGUGUCAUCCACUGGCUAUGCGUUGUGGUGUUCAGCAUCACGAUUCUGCUAGCCCUCUUCACUAGCAUCGCGACGACUCUCAUGCAGAUCAUUGGAGUCUUUCGGAACUGCUUCUGCUACGUGAACAGUGGGAUGUGGCUCAAUCUGAAUAACGCUGUCGUCAAUGUAGCUUCCGAUACGAAAGACCGGAGAACCUCAAGCGACGGGUGGAUUGUUAUGGGGGGGUUGCCACCGGUUUCAUGGCGGCGUGUUCUUUUUUCGGGUGGUGGUUUCAGAUGA